AUGCAAGACGAAGCAAUCCGUUCAAUCGGCGAUGAUGACGAGAAACUGUUAUCGAUAUCAUCAUUGAACGGUCUGAUGGCCAAAGAACACAAACUUACGAUUCAAGAUUAUUACAAGUUUGUGGAUCAGCAUGAAGAUGAUGACGACACUGAUGUAACUCUCCAUCCAAGAAUACUUCCCAUGAUCGUUCCGAAAACAACACUUGAAAAAUAUAAUCAAUUAAUCUAUUUAUUUGAGUUGGAAAUUGCUAGGAAUAAUUUCGAUAAAGCCGAGCUUCACAUUAAUGAAGCAAUCAAAACAUUGCCGUUUUUUGGGCAUGCAUACUUUAGAAAGUCAUCUCUAUACUGGUCGUUAGGCUUCAAUGGCCUCCAAUUAAGAACGUUAAAACUAGGAAUGUUUUUUACAGUAUACUCGUAUAAUAAUCAUGCAAAAUUGUUUGGUGAAAAUUCUACAACCAUUUCCACACCAAUCAACGGAGAUUUAAAACAGCAAGAAGGCGCAAAGGACAUGGUCAUUAACAAUAUCAACCACGAUUAUUGGUAUUGUAUUUUUAGUGCCUCAGUUUGUCUGUAUGAGAAAAAUUAUGAGUCCAGCUUUUACUAUUUUAAAAAAGCUUUACAAUAUGUAUUGUCGCAAAGGCACCAAAAAACGUUGGAAUCCUCUCCCUCGUACUGUUUAACAAAAUAUGAAAGUUUCUAUGCAAUUUUAAAUUGGCUUGGAAUAUUACACUCUGAUCAGGAACGAUUUGAUCUAGAAAUUCAGUAUUACAAGAAGGCCCUGAUGUACCAUUUUGAGACAAAUUAUCUUCCCAAAUUGGAACCCUAUCAGCUGGCAGGACUCUAUAACAAUAUUGGAGGUAGUUUUUAUUCAGUUGGAAAAUACGAAUCGGCAAUUGAACAAUAUAAUAUUGGACAUUCUCACUUUACUCAACAUGCACUCGUUUUCCAAAACAGAGGAGAUGCCAAUGCUCAACUGGGACAAUUAGAGGAAUCCAUAAAGGAUUUUGAAAAAUGCUUGGAACUAUCAAAUUUCCCACAUGUACAGGUCGACGCUUACACCAACAUUGCUGAAUGCCAUAUAUUAAUGAACGAUCACAAGAAGGCUGAGGAAACAUUUAAAAGAUGCUAUGAAAAAUUUGGAGCCAAAAAGGCGAUGGCUUUUCUGGUCGAUACCGAAAUGCAGGCAUUCAUGCCGGACUCUGAGUUAUUGAAAUUGAUUGAUGAAGCUCUGGUUCUUGCAGGAGAUGACGCCUUAGCUCUUAAACGCUUAAUGAUUCGAAAGUAUUUUAUAACAGAAUCGAAUACGGAAUGGCAAGUGAUUGAACGGUUUAAACACGGAGCACUUGAACGAAUUUCAUAA